AUGAAGUGCGCAAGUGCACUCGUUCUCUUUUUCUUGGGCCUGAGCAGCCCUCAGAAAGCAAAUUCAGUCCUCACAGAACCGCCUUAUACUUUCAUUCGUGAUGAUAGCUUCAACUAUGAGCUUCUCGUACAGUUCGGUACAGUACGCUACCAGGGAGCCUCAGUGGCCGAUUUGUUCUCGGCUGCGCAGGCGAUCAAACCCAAGAAUACGUCCAGCUACAAUACAACGUUCUACCAACUGGCACAGCAAAGUGAAAAGCGUGCCGAGGCAACCAAUGAUCCGUCUGUCGCACAGGACAGCUACUUCUUUGCUUCAGGAUAUUAUCGCGAAGCGGACUUCUACCUCCAUGACAACUGGAGUGACCCUCUCAUCAACUGUUACUGGGAAAGGCAAACAACGCUCUUCGACAAAGCCAUCGCCUCUUUGCCAGUUCCGGGCGAGAGGGUUGUCAUCCCGGCUGACGGUUUUGAGACGAUUGGUAUAUUCUACAAGCCCGACAACUAUUCCAUAAAACGCCCGACCGUCCUCAUUGGCAAUGGAUACGAUCAGGCGCAGGAGCACUCGCUGCAUGCAAACGGAUUUGCCUUCUUGGAGAAAGGUUGGAAUGUCCUGACAUAUGAAGGCCCAGGUCAACCAACAGUUCGUAGGCAACAGAACUUGGGCUUUAUCUACGAUUGGGAAAAGGUGGUCACCCCGGCCGUUGACUACCUUGCGAACAGGUCUGAUGUAGACAUGUCACGGCUUGUCCUGCAGGGAAUCUCCAUGGGAGGAUACCUCGCAGCUCGGGCUGCAGCGUUCGAACCUCGAGUCAGGGCGCUGAUCCUCAAUGAGGGUGUGUUCAGUGUGUACGAAGGUUUCACCCAAGGGUUCCCCUCUAGCCUCCUCGAACUCUUGGCUGCUGGCAACACGACAGCUUUCGACAAGGUGGUGGAAGAUGCGAUUCUCUUCAAUGACUCUGCGUCGACUGCAAGCCGAUGGGGCAUCGCUCAAGGACUCUGGUCUUUCAACACGCACUCGCCGUCCGAGUGGAUCGAAAAGUCGAAAAACAUGACCUUGGCCAAUAUCGCCCAACUGAUCCAAGUUCCAGUCUGGGUUUCCAAUCCGGUUAAUGAUACCACAUUCCCAGGACAGGCGGUGAAAGCGGCUAAAGCGAUCGGCGCCAAGGCGACGAUACACAACUUUACAGGAGCAGCAAGUCUACACUGCUCGGCUGGAGCAUACGAAGAAGCAAAUUGGGCGAUCCUUAGCUGGCUCGAUGGUGUUUUUGGCAGCAACCACUCCUCCACCCGUGGUUAAUGACCCAAGGUUGAGGUGAUAGUCCCGGCAGUUAAAUUGGUCACCGG